AUGGCUAGGCGACUUAAGCGUUUGGACACUCAUUUUAUUGUGCGGUAUUUGUGUGACGAUGAACUGCAAGUGAGAAAUCGUGUGUCCUUCAAGUGUGAUGGAGACUCUACAAUUAGUGUUGGACUUGAGUAUGAUGUACAGUGGGGUAAACCAAAAGAAGUGGACAGGGCUGUUGUGUUGUUUUCUGGGACUGAACAGCAGAUGCGGGAGAAAAUUAAGGAUUUGUUGGUACCUCUACCAAACCCAGUUGCAGCAUCCUCAACCCCCCCAUCCAGAUCAACUUCCCCACCAAGACUGCCAUCCCAACCCAGCUCACCAACAUCUCCACGAUCCCCAACCCCACCCAGAUCACCUUCGUCAGCCCCUUCUCCAAAACGCAGGAAGACAACGGCUAAUCUGGUGUUUUUAGAUUUUAAGAUAUGUCCAGUCGUCAAGUUAUUCAAAACGUUUAAAAAAAAACACAGAAUCUUAAUUUCUACCGUCUUAGCUGCAAGUGGAGUGGAGUUCCUGCAAACCAGUGAUCCUAUUGCUGAUACGAUGAGUGACAGUAGUCCUGGAGAUGUGUACCAAGGUGUUCCCGAAGAAUAUCAACUUCCAGAUACCGUCCUCAGAGACAUGAUUAAGGAAUCAAGGAACGCAGGAAAUUUCGCAGUUAAUCUCACAAGGAAGAUCUUCCCCGAACUGUACGGUGAGGGCAACCUGCGAAUGGAGUACAACUGGUACGGUGGUGGAAAACUCUCCAAAAAAGAACUGGAUCCAGCGAGAAAGCAAGUGGUGAGGCGCUAUGUGUGUUACUUCUUCCCAGAAUUCAAACCCGAGGAUUCCUGGAGGGAGAGGAUCGUCUCCAAAAUAAACGAGUCACUGAGGCGAAAUGACAAAAGACUAAAGAAGGAUAGUGUCAAUCUUGUGAUGCCCUCUGUGCCAGAAAGUGACCUUGGUUGCUCCGAUGACGUCUUCACCUUUAAUGACUAA